UAAAAAGAGAACUAAAACUCUAUCAUUUAGCGGAAAAUGCUGAAAAAGAAAUCUAGUAGCAGCCAAAAGAAAAGGAAACAUUUGCACAGUGAAGAAAGACCAGACGGCAGGAAACGCAGAAGCUUGGAUCCCCGCACAGAGGAGUCUAAGGAUGAGCUGGCUGAUGCUGAGCUGGACAGGGUUGGCAGUGACAUUGAGGAAGGGGGACUGAACCUCAACCUGCCCUUCCAGCCCAUCACAGCUUACGUCAGUGACAAGAAGGAAAUGCUGGAGCAGUGUUUCCGAGUGUUAGGGGAGAAGAAGCUCCGGAAGAUGCUUCCCGAUGAAUUUAAGGAAUGUAGUUUAGAGGAAAUCAAAUCGCUGUGUUGGGAGCAACUGGAUCCAAUCUCAGAGAAGAAUAUUAUCCAGAUCUUAGCAGGAGACGAGCUAACGGGUGGAAGCGGCAGUGCAAACGCCCUGGAAAGCCAGCAAGACAAUAAUGUGGACUCUACGUCUUGCCUGAAGGAAAUGGCAAAAGCAGAAGACCCUAAGCAAGAGGGAGGUGGCUCUGGAGAAGAGAGUGAUGUCCUCAGUAUAAACGCAGACACUUACGAUAGUGACAUAGAGGGACCCAAAGAAGAACAGAGCGCCCAACCCCUGGAGGUGAAGGUGAAAGUGGGCGACGGCAGAGGGGAAGGCUCUCUCCCGGCUGUAAAACCAACCACCACGGAGCCUAAGAAAGACAUUCAAAACGACAUCGAAAAAAGUGUCAAUGAGAUUUUAGCAUUGGCUCCAAGCAAGGACGAAGCUAAAGAUAAAAGUGGGCCACCGCAGUCCUCAGACGUGGGUUUGGACGACCAAGGCGCGCCUCCUGCCAGUGGUUCUCCUCCUGCCAGUGGUUCUCCUCCGACUGUUAAGCAGCUGGAGCUCCUGGAGCUGGAAAUGAGAGCAAGAGCCAUAAAGGCUCUGAUGAAAGCUGGAGAUAUGAAAAAGCUUUGUAUAGCCAAAAACAUUUAGUUUGUUUAAAAUUCACUUUAGUUUUUAUUGAAAAUUUUCCCUUUACAAAGGUGGGACAACUCACUCAAAAUAGUACUAAAACAAGUACAGAACACAUUUGAAAAAAUAAAACAACAUCAACACAUGGGAGUCACUUUCCAAGCAAUCUGUCCAUAUUCCAUUUUCCUUUUUUUUGUUUUGCCAUUGUUCAGUCAUAAAUAUUGUCCAUCUUGUCCAUUUCUCUCUGAACUGGGCUUCCUGCAGCCUUAAGCGAUGUAUCAUUUUUUCGUUUGUAUAGAUUUCCUGGACCAGGUGAAUCCAUUGUUCUUGAGUAGGGGUGUCUUCCCUUCCCCAUUUCUUCGUGAUAGCUUUCUUAGUUGCUGUUAGUUAUAUUUUUACCAGGUAUCUGUCCUUCGUUCUUAUAUUUUCUUCACUUAGGUUACACAAAUAGAAUACUGUACAAGAUAAUGGAAUCUUAUAUCCAAGUAUUUUCAUCAAUGUAUCGUGUAACGUUUUCCAGAACCAUCUGAUUUUAUCACAUUUCCAGAAAAUGUGUGAGUGAUCCACAUUCAUUGUUCCACAGCCUCUCCAACAAGGUGUAUUUUUGUUCAACUGUUUACUCUUGACUUUGGGUGAAAUAAAAAAACUUAUCAGAUUUUUCCAGGAGAACUCCCUCCAGAUCCGCAAAUUGGUGGAUGUGUGGUGUAUUUUCCACAUGUUUAGCCACUCUUCAUCUGUGAUUUUAGUUUGUUUAACAUUCAUAUUGUAGUUCCCUCUUCACAUCACUGAUGCUGAACUCUUAUUUGUGCUUGAAUGAAACAAGUGAACUUUUAAAACAAAGGACUGGUGGAUCUCCCUUGUCACCGGAUUUACUGUUUGAGUAACUAAGUUGUCUUUUUUUUUUUAUUCCAUGUUGGAAUGGGUUUCCAGUCCGUUUCGUGCAAAAACAGGGGCGUCAAU